CCUAGAGAGGACAGAAGAGAUUCAGGAGCUAUAAUACGGCCGGAUACCAGGCUAAAUAGUCUUACGUUAGUACUUACGCAAGUCACGCAUCUCUCUUGGGUGCCAAACAUUUUCUCACCACACAAGCUCAGCGAGGACCACUAUUGGCCUGGCAAUAAUUACUUUGCUGCCGUACAGAAUCUCUGUCCGCCGGUCCUGGCAACAGUUCGAGGGUGGACUCCAACAUGGAACCAUGACGUCCCUUCCAGUUCGUCCUGAGGACCUUUGGCUUCCCGCCAGCCUGACGCGGACCUACAAGUCCAAGGUGCACGGCGAGGACCUCCUACGGGGUCUGAACGCGCUCCGCGCCGAGGACAGCCUGUGCGAUGUCACGCUGACUGCCGAGCGUAGGAGUUUCCACGUGCACCGGGUGGUGAUGGCUGCGCUCACGGACUACUUCCGUGCCAUGUUCGCUGGACGACUGAGGGAGAGUCGAGAAGACUGCAUAGAACUGCUAGGGGUGACAGCGGUAGGCCUGCACCAUGUGAUUGAGUAUGCGUACACGGCGCAGGUGCGCAUCACACCUGACAACGUACUGGACGUGCUGGAGGCAGCCAACCAUCUACAGGUGAGGUCGCUGAUUGACGUGUGCUGUAACUACCUCCGGGAGGGACUGGAGCUGAAGAACCAUCGCGCCAUGCUGUCCAUCGCCGACACGUUCGGCCUCACCCACCUCCGAGUCUCCGUGGAUACCCACAUCGUCAAGAACUUCCGGCUGUUCACGGAAGAACCGGAAUUCAUGGAGCUGGACUACAUGAAGCUGUGCUCCUUCCUGGCGAGGGACGAUCUGGAAGGUUGUUGGGAACUCUCUCUGUUUGACGUGGCGGCGCAGUGGCUACUGAACAAGCCAGGACGGCUGCAGUAUGCACGGCAGGUGAUGGCCUGUAUCAGGUUUCCCCUGAUCAGAGAAGACCUCCUGAAGGAAGUGGUGGAGUCACAGUACGACUUCAUGAAGACAGACCCCACCUGUGAGCCUCUACUGGAGGAGGCACGGCAGUACCACAGUAAUGUCCUGAUGCAGCCAGCCCUGCAGACUGCUCGCACACGGAUCAGGAACACAAAGGAACACAUGCUGGUGGUGGGCGGGGAGGGCGACUUGGGGGUCAUGGACAGCGUUCUCGAAGUAGUCAUGGAAGCCAAGGUGAUGCGCUGGGAUCGUCCCGCUUUACCCAAAGCCAUGGCGUACCACAGGGUCGCGUCCUUGGACAACUUUGCUUACGUCGUUGGCGGACAGAACGCGGUGAACCACCCGGUUGAUCUCGGACGUUCGGGAAUCGGCGACGUUUUCAGAUUCGACCCGAGGAGAAACGAAUGGACACAGGUGUCGUCGCUAACUGAACUCCGGACCGAUUUUGCCCUGGUGGAAGCCCGCGGGUACCUGUACGCAAUCGGAGGUCGAAACGAGACGGAAAACUGUCUGUCGUCUGUAGAACGUUACAACCCCAAACAGAACCUCUGGUCAAGGGUGGAGGAUUUACCGGAGGCACUCCAUGGACAUGCAGGGUGUAAACUUGGAGGGAACAUCUACAUCUCAGGUGGAUUCUCUUUGGAGCUCAUGAUGAGGAUAAGCAAGGUCUACAGGUAUGAAAUUGACAGCGACUCUUGGCACGAAGAAACCGGCAUGGUAACCAGGCGAGCGUGGCACAACAUGGCAGCGGUCGGAAACAAAAUCUUUGUCCUGGGUGGGAACGAGAAAAAUAUCAACGGAGAGCAGAUCGACCUGAAGCUGGUGGAGUGCUACAACCCCUCCUCACGACAGUGGGCAGUGAUGGCCAACAUGCCUGUUCCACAGAGCGAGUGUUCAUGUCUGGUGUUGGAGGAGAAGAUCUACGUGCUGGGUGGGUACCGCUGGGACACACAGCAGUUCCUGUCCGUCAUCAGCCAGUUCGACCCCGCCAGGAACGAGUGGCGGAUCUGUAACCACGGCCUUCCCGAGCCGCUGUCCGGAGUCGGCUGCUGCACCAUGGUGUUCGAGAAACGCUGGUGGCAAGAGAGUCAGGAGGUCUCGGACUGACAAACUGCCGAUCCUAAUUUGAAAUUUCAUCUAUCUGUGUUGUCUCCAGGAUAAAAAUGCCUUUAAAAGAUGUCAAAAAAUGGCUGGAGCCUAUCCUCUGCUUGGAGAGUAGUACUAAGGAGCACCAGGUUCUAACUUGAAAUUUCAUCUGUGUUGGUAGAAGUCAUUCAUUCUGGAACCAGUUGAACAAUUUUUGUGUUGGAUACGGGUAUUGCAGUUCAGCUUGUUUCUGAAUGAAUGAUCCUGACUUAAUGCCAGGAACGAGUGGCGGAUCUGCAACCACGGCCUUCCCGAGCCGCUGUCCGGAGUCGGCUGCUGCACCAUGGUACCAUGGAACCAGGAGGUCUCGGACUAAUGAACGCCCGGUCCUUACUUGAAAUUUCAUCUGGAACAAGUUGAAUCCAAACAUUGACACAAAUUGACUGAUCAGCUCCUGGACUCUUUGUCAAUGUAAGUCCAACCUGUUUCAGAAUGAAUGAAUCAGGAGGUCUCGGACUGACAAACACCCAAUCCUAACUUGAAAUUUCAUCUAUCUGUGUUGGUAGAAGUCAUUCUGGAACAAGUUGAACAAUUUUUGUGUUGGAUACACAGUAUUUCAGUUCAACUUGUUUCAACAGAAUGAACAAUCCUGACUGUACGCCAGGAACGAGUGGCGGAUCUGCAACUAAGGCCUUCCCGAGCCGCUGUCGGGAGUCGGCUGCUGUACCAUGGUGUUCGAGAAAAGCUGGUGGCAAGAGAACCAGGAAGUCUUGGACUAAUGAAUGCUAGCCUCCUUCGCAGGCUUUUUAUUUUGCAUUACUACAUUAUGACAGAGGUGAAUGGAGCUAUAGGAUUAGUCUAUUUAAUAUGUAUGUAUAUAUAUUUGUUUUAUUUGUGUCAUUCUUUAUUUGGUUCUUCAAAAUCAAUGGACAAAGCUCCAAUAUAGUAAAAAGAAAAUACAAAAAUAUACUAUAUUAUGUGAUAAACCUGCUGAAAUUUUUUGGGAAACAUAUUUAUGAAUGAGUAUAUACUAGGGUUGCUGUCUCUUUUUACAAUGUUUUUUUUUAAUGAAAGAAUGGUGGGAAUAGUUUUAACAAUUGACACCUAGGUGUGAUUGCCAAUGCAAAAAUCAGGACUGAAAUUUCAAUGCAAUAUAUAAGCCAAGUCACAAAAAAGGCAACAGAAUGAUUGUAGUGCUGCUAUACUCCACAAGUCUGUAAAUAUUUUAUUGACUGAAUAAAAGGUGAAUCAAAGAUG